AUGUCCGUUGAAAGUAUCCCUCGUGAUCUACGUAAUUUGCGUGCAUGUCUAUUGUGUUCAAUGAUAAAAAGCAUAGAGCAAUUUGAAAUGGAUGGCUGCGACAAUUGUGAACGGUAUCUAAGUAUGAAAGGCGAUGAAGAGAAAGUCAGUGAGUGCACAAGUUCAAAUUUUGAUGGUAUGAUAGCUGCUACGGUUCCAGACGAAUCAUGGGUUUGUAAAUGGCAAAAAAUUAAUCGUAAGGUAAAAGGUAUUUACGCAGUUUCUGUAUCUGGUACCUUACCAUCGCACAUUGUUCAAGAAUUAAAGGCACAAAAUAUUCGUUACAAACCCAGUAUGCGUGACAUGACUCAGAACAGUUACUAA